AUGGUUUCCUCCAAGGCAUGGAGCGCCUUCGCCACGGCGCUCCUGGCCGGCUUUCUUCCCUCGGCGCAUGCGAUGCCGAAUCUUCGAAUCAUGCCCCUCGGUGAUUCCAUCACGAAAGGAAGUCUUUCAUCCGGAACCGUCGGAUACCGAGGUCCCCUACGUCAAAAGCUCUUGAACUUGGGACUGAACGAGGACAUCUCGGUCGACAUGAUUGGUUCGAUGCGUGAUGGCAACAUGGCUGAUGACGAUCACGAGGGUCAUAGUGGCAAGAUGUUGGCCGACAUCAACGAGUAUUGGAAGUUGUCUAUUGCAGCGAGGCCUAAUGUCAUUCUUGUGCACGCCGGAACGAACAACAUGGAUAAGAAUAUCGAUCUCGACAUUGCUCCCAACAUUAUGGCCAGUAUCAUUGAUGGCCUCUUUGAGCACGCGCCUGAUGCCACCGUCUUGGUUGCUCCGGUUAUAUGGGCCAACAAUCCCAGGAUGCAAGUCAACACCGAUCGCUUCAACCCCCAGGUCGAGGCCCUCAUUGAAUCAAGGCAAAAGCAAGGCAAGCAUAUCCUCGCCGUGCACAUUGACAUUAAUGUCAGUGAUCUAAAGGACGACAAACACCCCAACGAUAAGGGCUACAAUAAAAUGGCCGAUGCUUGGCUGCAGUCCAUUCUUGAGGCCGACCUUCGGGGAUGGUUGAAGGAGCCCGUGAAGCGCAGCUGGAAAGACGUUCCUGGUGCGGGACUCGGCAUCCACUCGGAGCGGGAGGAGUCAGGCAUGUCCGAUUCUCCAGGUCCCAAGGGCAGAGUCUGGGAAAAGGCAGGGCGAAUUUUCGAAGGAUUCCGGACAUGGGAAGAUCUCGGAACCAUCCGAGGUGCAGUUGAAAACGGAUCUCGCGACAAGGUGAGACUUGCUGACCUGAACGGCGAUGGCAAGACUGAUUACAUCAUUGCCGACGAUGACGGAACUGUCCGCGCCUGGCUUAACAACGGUGGAGGCGCGUGGACUAGUAUCGGCAAGAUUAACCCGGAUUGGAAAUCGCUGAAAAUCAAGGGUGACAUGGUCCGCUUCGCUGAUGUCGACAAUGACGGAAAAGCAGACCUUAUUGCUCUUUACGAAGACGAUGGUGCCGCCCGCGUCUGGAAGAAUGUGGACAAUGGCAAGAAAUUCGAAAAGCUAGACGAGAAGUGGGCCACGGGUUUGGCUCCCGGCCACAAGGUGAGCUUUGAGGAUAUUGAUGGUGAUGGGUAUGCCGAUUACUGUGUUGUGUGGGACGGUGGUGCCGUUCUCUGGGCACGCAAUAACCACAACAAUGGAAAAGAUGGCACCAUGAACAAUUGGGACAGGGGUAAGACGAUUGCGACGGGUCCUAGAGGUGUGCCAGACAAGCGGGCGAGAAUAGUUGAUCUCGAUGGCGACGGCAAAGCAGAUUACCUGGUUGUGUAUGAAGGUGGCGCUGUAGCCAUGUGGCGAAACGUUUUCGGCGAGGGCCGCAGCAACGACUGGGAAGACCUCGGCAUCGUUGCAGCCGGUGUCCGCGGAGUCACCGGACCCAUGAUCCGAUUCGGCGACAUGGAUGGCGACGGCAUGACCGAUUUCCUUGCCGUCAACGACGAUGGAAGUAUCCGCAUGUUUAGAAACUUGGGAAUUGUCGGCAGCGAAGACAACAAGGGCGUAAGCAUGCGCUUCGCUGAUCUUACAGGCGAUGGAAAAGCAGAUAUCAUCUCCGUCGACGGUAACGGUCGCGCACGUGCUUGGAUCAACCAAGGUCUAGGGUUCUGGGAUUCUAUUGGCGAGAUUGCAACUGGCUUUCCGGAUCAGGAUCUCUCGGCCUCACGUAUCGAGUUUGCUGAUGUCAAUGGCGAUGGUAAGGCCGACUACCUUAUCAUUUAUGGUGGUGGUGCUGUCAAGGCGUACCUCAACAACGGUAAUCUCCCGAGCAUGCCUGAGGGUAAGCGAAUCUGGCAAGAAGGCUUCGAAAUCUCACCUGGUGUCGGCGAGCCCGGCCGAAAGGUGCAUUUUGCUGAUCUCAACGGCGACGGAUAUGACGAUUUCCUCAUCAUCUACGAUGGUGGUGCUGUCAAGUGCUGGCUCAAUAACAAAAACAUUCCGCCCAAGAACGGUGAACGCAUCUGGAGCGAAGGCGAAGAGAUUGCCACUGGUGUGGGCGAGCCGGGCAGCAAGGUCCGAUUUGCAGAUCUUACUGGUGACGGCAAAGCAGAGUACAUUGUGCAAUACUUGGGCGGCGCAGCCAGGGCCUAUCGAAAUCUGGGUAGAAUCCCCGGUCCCCAGAAGCAGAAAUGGGCCGACAUGGGUCUUGUUGCUCUCGGCGUCAAUCCCCAAGGACCUGUCCGCUACGCAGACAUCAACGGUGACGGAAAAGCCGACUACCUUGUCCGGUUCGGCGACGGCACCGUAAAUGCCUACAUCAACUCCAACAAGUGGGAAUUUGUCGAGGCACCCGAGCCAGGCGGCGACACCAACUUCCCUACGCCGGGUGACGACAGGUCCUGGCGCGAUAUCCCAUGCACUGACGACGCCGCAAACGAUGCUCUCACAGAUGCCGCUGGAAAGUGGAAGGGCGUCAAGGCCGACAAAGCGUGGCAGGAUGCCAUCGCCGGUUGGAAGAAAAACAUCACCGACAAGAACUAUAAAUACGGCUUCCCCGAAUCCAUCGCCAACUUCUUCAACGAGCCUCCAAACAUGGAAUGCGAUGAACUCGCAGAGAAUAACGGUUGCCACGGAGGCACCUAUUUGAAAUGUGAGGAUGACAAGGGAGAAGCCGGCCCAGCCUCCUCGUUUAUUCUAAAUUCUUUCAUGAGACUUGAAUCCUUACUCUGGAACCAAUUUACGUCAGCCGAAAGGGCCAGAAACAACGCCAAGGCCAACAUGGGCGUCUUUGCUUCAACCUUUGCGCCAGUGAAAAAGUCCGACCUACCAAUCAACGUUCUCCUCGACAUUGUAACCAUCGGCUACGCGUCCUUUGCUGCGCCGACUUGGGGAAAAGUAGUCAAGCAAAUGGACUGGGCGCGAAACAACGGCGGCAACUUUGACACGCUCAAGGACUUUACCAACGGCAUGGUGACACAGGGAAUCACGCUGACAAAGGACAUUCUUUCGUCGAGACAAAGCGAUUUUGACACGACCAAAUCUCUCGACUUCCGCGUCAACGCCAUGGUCGAGGUAUACCUCGAUUCCAUUAGUGAUUUUGCCGCCCACGUCUUUAGCGGGAAGGACGAGGGCAUCACGCUCCUAAGCGACAUUAUCGCCGAUGGCAAGAUGAUUUCUGCCGAGUUGGACACUAUUUCCGUCGAUGAGAACGUUGAUGACAUUGAAAAGUCGCUGUACGCUCAGUUGAUUCCGAUGGCGUGGAGGCACUCGAACAGGGACUUGAACCCCUUCUGCAAGGAUGCCCCCAACGACGAAAUCGUCAAGAUGCGCAUGAGCGAGAGUGCGCAGAAAACCGAGAUGGUCUGCGACAAGGCGAACGACCGGGCGUACUAUCUAGUUGCAUCCGAGGACCCCAAUAACAACUGCUGGGAUAGAACCAGCGGUUUCAAUCCCGGAAGAGGGUGCAAAGCGUUCCCGAAAUUGCCAGGCACCGAGGCAUUCGGCAGCAUUUGGGGAAACGUCAAGAGAGAGGACAUUGUUUUCGGGUCUUUGGCGACGUACAAGGCAAAUGGUGGCAAGAAUGUGGACAGGGACACCCAUUGGUACUCGAUGAGUGACGAUGACUGGGAUGGGAUCUUUGAGAGCAUCUUGGACAACGAUAUUCAGGCCCCCUGGGUCUUUAAUCUUCCUAUUUGUACCAUGACGGAUGCUGUCACGAUUUCUCUUGCCUAUCGAAGCAGUGGAAGGAAGUAUCACUUCCCCUGUCCUUUGAGGAUUGGCGACGAAACACCAUGA